AACAACCGCAACAACAACCACAACAACAACAACAAUAACAACAACAACAUUAACAACAACAACAACCGCAACAACAACCACAACAACAACAACAAUAACAACAACAACAUUAACAACAACAACAACCGCAACAACAACCACAACAACAACAACAAUAACAACAACAACAUUAACAACAACAACAACCGCAACAACAACCACAACAACAACAACAAUAACAACAACAACAUUAACAACAACAACAACCGCAACAACAACCACAACAACAACAACAAUAACAACAACAACAUUAACAACAACAACAACCGCAACAACAACCACAACAACAACAACAAUAACAACAACAACAUUAACAACAACAACAACCGCAACAACAACCACAACAACAACAACAAUAACAACAACAACAUUAACAACAACAACAACCGCAACAACAACCACAACAACAACAACAAUAACAACAACAACAUUAACAACAACAACAACCGCAACAACAACCACAACAACAACAACAAUAACAACAACAACAUUAACAACAACAACAACCGCAACAACAACCACAACAACAACAACAAUAACAACAACAACAUUAACAACAACAACAACCGCAACAACAACCACAACAACAACAACAAUAACAACAACAACAUUAACAACAACAACAACCGCAACAACAACCACAACAACAACAACAAUAACAACAACAACAUUAACAACAACAACAACCGCAACAACAACCACAACAACAACAACAAUAACAACAACAACAUUAACAACAACAACAACCGCAACAACAACCACAACAACAACAACAAUAACAACAACAACAUUAACAACAACAACAACCGCAACAACAACCACAACAACAACAACAAUAACAACAACAACAUUAACAACAACAACAACCGCAACAACAACCACAACAACAACAACAAUAACAACAACAACAACAAAACUUGCAGCAACAACAACAACAAAUACAAC